AAACUCAUAUGGCUGCGAUCUGGACGGGGAGACGAAAUCGGGAGCAAAAGGGAGGAGCGACAAGGAGUCACGGAAUCGAAGGACGGUGGAGGAUGUCACUCUGGAUUGAGAGGACUCAAGUCCCAGUUGUUCUUGCUGAGUUUGUAAAAUGUAGCUGAGCUUGGGUAUCUGUAUGCCGUGAUUUGGCUUGGUGGUUGAGAAAGAGGAUUGAUGCUUCCCACGGACUUGAACUUGGGGCAUAGUCACAGUCGAUCUACUUCAUAGGCCUUUUCUGUUAUGUCUUGUUUAGUUUUGAGGUUCUCUUGACCAUUGUAUAUCAUGGGACACAUUUCAUUUGAAACAUUCCAUGUUGUACAUAUAUGCUCGGAUGCUGGCUAGUUCAAGCUUGUUGAAGCAAGUGACAGAGCACAGCCUUUCUUUGCAGUUGCGACUUGAUAUCUGGAAUUAUGUGAUAAACUAUCUAGCGACUAGAGGACUUGAACUGCAGACUUUUGUUAUUGGAUCUCUGAUUCAACUAUUGUGUCGAAUUACAAAAUUUGGGUGGUUUGAUGAUGACAGAUUCAGAGAGGUUGUUAAGGAGGCAACAAACUUCUUAAGUCAGGCAACUCCAGAUCAUUACUCCAUUGGUUUGAAGAUACUAAAUCAACUUGUAUCUGAGAUGAAUCAGCCAAACCCUGGAUUUCCUCUGACACAACACCGUAGGGUUGCCUGCUCUUUUAGGGAUCAGUCAUUAUUUCAGAUAUUCCAAAUAUCUCUGACUUCAUUGCGUCAACUUAAAAAUGACGGAAACAUGCAAGUGUCUAAUGUGUUAAGGCAGCUCACUCUUUCUCUUUCGCUGAGGUGCUUGUCUUUUGAUUUUGUUGGGACUUCAUUAGAUGAAAGCUCUGAAGAGUUUGGUACUGUUCAGAUCCCAUCUUCCUGGAGACCAGUCUUGCAAGAUCCAUCAACUGUUCAGAUUUUCUUUGAUUACUAUAAAAUUACAGAGCCUCCACUUUCAAAAGAGGCUUUGGAAUGUUUAGUAAGGCUUGCUUCUGUAAGGCGGUCCUUAUUCACAGAUGACCCUGCACGAUCACAGUUUCUGGCUCAUCUAAUGGCGGGCACCAAAGAAAUACUUGAAACAGGCCAAGGCCUUGCUGAUCAUGAUAACUACCAUGAAUUUUGUCUCCUCCUGGGUCGUUUUAAAGUUAACCACCAGUUGUCUGAGCUUUUGAACGUAGAGAUCUAUGGUGAUUGGAUACGUUUAGUCGCAGAAUUCACAACAAAAUCAUUGCAGUCAUGGCAGUGGGCCAGCAGUAGUGUGUACUACCUUCUUGGGCUUUGGUCCAGGUUGGUGACAUCUGUGCCUUAUUUGAAGGGUGACACACCAAGUCUGCUGGAUGAAACUGUGCCUAAAAUCACUGAGGCCUUUAUCACCUCUAGAUUCAGUUCUGUUCAGGCCGGUUUUCCAGAUGACCUCUCAGAGAAUCCAUUGGACAAUGUCGAACUUCUUCAGGAUCAGCUGGAUUGCUUUCCUUACCUGUGUAGAUUCCAGUAUGAAAGCAGUAGUUUAUACAUUAUAAAGAUUGUGGAACCUAUUCUGCAGGCUUAUACGGAAAGAGCAAGAUCUCCAGUUCCUGGAGAUGUCAACGAGCUUUCUGUGAUUGAAGGGCAGCUUGCAUGGAUAGUCCAUAUUAUUGCUGCUAUUCUCAAGAUUAGACAGACUACUGUCUGUAGUACGGAGUCACAGGAAUUAAUAGAUGCAGAACUUGCAGCACGUGUUUUACAGUUGAUAAAUAUCACAGACAGUGGCUUGCAUUCUCAGAGAUAUGGUGAGAUAAGCAAGCAAAGACUUGAUCGUGCCAUUAUCACCUUUUUUCAGAAUUUUCGAAAGUCAUAUGUUGGCGAUCAAGCUGUGCAUUCGUCCAGGCAGUUAUAUUCAAGAUUAUCAGAGCUUCUUGGUCUCAAUGAUCAUUUGGUCCUGCUUAAUGUUAUCAUUGGGAAAAUUGCUACAAAUCUUAAGCACUACACAGAGAGUGAGGAGGUUAUCGGGCACACUUUGUCCCUUUUUCUGGAACUAGCAUCUGGAUAUAUGACUGGAAAGCUUUUGCUUAAGCUGGAGACCGUAAAGUUCAUCAUUGGGCAUCACACAAGGGAAAACUUUCCAUUCUUGGAAGAAUACAGGUGCUUCCGCAGUAGAACGACCUUUUACUAUACUCUUGGUUACUUGAUUUUUAUGGAAGACAGCCCUGUGAAAUUUAAAUCUUCAAUGGAGCCACUUUUGCAGGUUAUGGUUAGGUUGGAGUCAACUCCUGAUGCUGCAUUUCGCACUGAUGCUGUAAAAUAUGCAUUUAUUGGUUUGAUGAGGGAUCUCAGAGGAAUUGCAAUGGCAACAAAUAGUCGUAGAACAUAUGGGCUCCUUUUUGAUUGGUUAUAUCCAUCACAUAUGCCACUUCUCCUGAAAGCCAUCUCACAUUGGACUGAUGUGCCAGAGGUUACAACACCGUUGCUAAAGUUCGUGGCAGAAUUUGUCUUAAACAAAGCUCAGCGAUUAACUUUUGAUUCGUCAUCCCCUAAUGGGAUUCUUUUAUUUCGGGAAGUCAGCAAGUUAAUUGUGGCAUAUGGAUCAAGAAUCCUCUCUCUUCCAAAUAGUGCAGAUAUUUAUCCUAACAAAUACAAAGGAAUAUGGAUUUCAUUAGUCAUUCUUACAAGGGCAUUGGCCGGGAAUUAUGUCAAUUUCGGUGUGUUUGAAUUAUAUGGUGAUAGGGCACUUGCGGAUGCCCUUGAUGUCUCCCUAAAGAUGACUCUAUCAAUUCCUAUGCCUGAUAUAUUGGCAUUCCGAAAGCUUACGAAGGCUUACUUUGCUUUUCUGGAGGUUUUGUUCAACAACCAUAUUUCCUUCAUUUUGAACCUGGAUGCAAGCACCUUUAUGCAUAUUGUGGGCUCACUUGAAUCUGGUUUAAAAGGCUUGGAUGCUGGCAUCUCAUCUCAGUGUGCAUCUGCAGUUGAUAACCUUGCUGCAUUUUACUUCAAUAACAUUACGGCAGCAGAGGUGCCCCCAUCGCCAGCUGCAUUGAGUCUUGCUAGGCAUGUUGUGGAGUGCCCCAAUUUGUUUCCCAAGAUACUUAAGACGCUGUUUGAGAUAGUUUUAUUUGAAGAUUGUGGAAAUCAGUGGAGUCUUAGCAGACCAAUGCUGAGCUUAAUUCUGAUUAGCGAACAGAUGUUCAAUGAUUUGAGAGCACAGAUCUUGGCUUCACAGCCGUCGGAUCAACAGCAACGCCUUUCACUAUGUUUUGAUAAGCUGAUGGCUGAUGUCACAAGAAGUUUGGAUUCAAAGAACAGAGACAAAUUUACUCAGAAUCUCACUAUAUUUCGACAUGAAUUCCGUGUCAAAUAGUACCAGCAUCUUAGCAUUACUUUUUUGGAGAAACCUUUCUGGCGUGACCUGUAGACCCAGCUCCAUUCCAUUAUGCGACCCUCUUUCUGCAGUUAGAUUUAAUGCAGUCAUGAGGGGAGGGUACUCACUGUUGUGCUUACAGCUGAAAAUAUAUAAUGUUCUUUUGUCUCCCCGUGGAGGGUGUUUAUGGGGACGGGAAAUGGGAAGGGGAGGGGUAUGAUUGCUACAUUUCUCUAGAGAGUUGUAUCCAUGUAGGUUUACACCAGUGGUUAAUUUUGGUCGUAUUUAUACUGCGAAUGAAAAUAUGUUGGGUUUUUUACAGGGUUAUUUUGUACAGCAAAAUUGUAAAAUUGCUGUAAAAGGGAUGGUGGCUGUCAUUAGGUCGUCCGAAACAAACAUCCGUGUCUAAAAGAUUUAAUUCUUUUUCUCAAGGGGAAGAAAGAUAAAAAGAUGUAAAUACUGCUUUCUUGUUGGAGUUGUUAUAUACAUUAACCUUUGUUAUUUCAUAUUCCAAUACUUUUGUUACCGGCU